UUCGAAAGAACCUUUCUGCUUUUUCUGUCAGCUCACCGCCAGCAGUUGACCGAGGCUGUGACCUGGAUUGGCUGAGAGUCAGGAAGGCAAAGAUCGCGCAGCUUGGCUCCUGGGAGCGCUCACAACCAGGUGACACAGCCUUGGGUGCCCCGGCGUUGGCUUGACAGUUUCAUCCCCGCCCACUCGCAGGAGAGCGCCCAGCCGGGGUGCACGCGCGCGCAGGGGAACAUAAAAGCGGCGGCGGCGCGGAGACGCCGAGCUCGCCCACCGCCCGAGCUGCGGCCACACCAUGCACGUGAACGGCAAAGUGGCUCUGGUGACCGGCGCGGCGCAGGGCAUCGGCAAAGCCGUUGCAGAGGCGCUACUGCACAAAGGCGCCAAGGUAGCGUUGGUAGAUUGGAACCUGGAAGCAGGUAUGAAGUGUAAAGCUGCCCUGGAUGAGCAGUUUGAACCUCAGAAGACUCUAUUCAUACAGUGUGAUGUAGCUGACCAGGAACAACUGAGAGAUACUUUCAGAAAAGUUGUAGACCACUUUGGAAGACUGGACAUUUUGGUCAAUAAUGCUGGAGUGAAUAAUGAGAAAAACUGGGAAAAAACGCUGCAAAUUAAUUUGGUUUCUGUUAUCAGUGGAACCUACCUUGGUUUGGAUUACAUGAGUAAGCAAAAUGGAGGUGAAGGCGGCAUCAUUAUCAACAUGUCAUCUUUAGCAGGGCUCAUGCCUGUUGCACAGCAGCCUGUUUAUUGUGCUUCAAAGCAUGGCAUAAUUGGAUUCACACGUUCAGCAGCGAUGGCUGCUAAGCUUAUGAAAAGUGGUGUGAGAAUGAAUGCCAUCUGCCCAGGCUUUGUUAAUACUCCCAUCCUCGAAUCCAUUGAGAAAGAAGAAAACAUGGGACCAUAUAUUAAAUAUAAGGAUCACAUAAAGGAUAUGAUGAAAUACUAUGGGAUUUUGGACCCAUCAGUGAUUGCCAAUGGAUUAAUAACACUCAUUGAAGAUGAUGCUUUAAAUGGCGCAAUUAUGAAGAUCACAACUUCUAAGGGAAUUCAUUUCCAAGACUACGAUACAACUCCAUUUCAUGUAAAAGCUCAGUGAGCAUCUUAUAUAUCAGCCAUAACAGAAAAUAAGCACAAAUGACAUAUUCACACCAUGUCUUCAUUUGAAUAUAGCUUUUUAAAUGAAACGUUAUUGUUUGAAGCUUUCUUUCAUGCCUUUGAUGUUAAUUUUUUUCUAAAGGAUUAGUUAAAUGCAUAGGGAAAAACAAUUAGGAACCGUCAAAAAUACGAUGUGACCAAAGCUAGACUGUGGUCCUUAUAGUCUAAGUAAUGAUGAAAAUGAAGGAUGUUCAAAGAACAUUCUGCUUUUCAGAAAAUGUAUUUGAAUCUGUGGCUCAUAAGUAUUAUUUUUCAGAACAUCAUUUUAAAGGAAAUACUUGAAUUGUUAUUUAAAUCAAACCAGAUGUAAACAAACUCAUUUUGUUUUGAUACUAACAUUUUAAAAGAGGGAAGCUACCCACAGUGUUUAGUAACAAUAACCUUUCACCUUGUAUAACAUCUUUCAGCUGAACAUUUCAGCUCUUUAAAGAUGUGGCAUAUUUUGGGACCAGUAGUAAUGAUGUAAAUUGUAGUGUGAAUAUACCCUAAAUGAAAAAUCUGAUGUAUGAGAAAAUGACAGAAAGUAAUUGGCUGAGAUGGUGAUCCACAGUUCUCCUUCCCAUCUGUGAAAAACAUUUUCCUCUGCUUACUUUAAGAACUUUAACUGAUUCCAAAAAUCUCAGGAACGAAACGUUUAAUAGUUGUAGCAAAAAGGAUAGUCAGUGUUCCUAAAAUAUUAUAUUUAAGAUUGCUCAUUAAGAAAAAAAUAUAUAAAUACAAUUUUUUUGCUUACUUCUUUGUUCGUAUCAACUUUAAAAGUGCCUACCUUUAAAAAAAAAAAAAACCCACCUUUUUUUCUAGUCUCCAUAACUUACUUAGUAUUCUGUGUAUAGCUAUUAAGGAGAAGAAACCAAUUUUGUCACAGCCUCAACUGUAAAUAUUUUUGUAUGUUCAAAGCCAUAAUCACAAGAAGUAAAAAUAGCUGUGAUGCUUUGCUGGUUUCCCUGUCAGGUAUUUUAAGAUAGGAUCAUUAAAUGCACCUGCUUUGGGUAAUGUUAUUUGUGAGCAAUAAUUCAUGCUAAUAAUAGUAAAAGCACAAGAUUUCCAAUUCAAUCAUUUCCUCUUAUCACUUAUACAAAAUAGACAUAUUAUAUAAGUGAUUCACUCUAUCUGCUAACUCCGGAGCUCUCAGCUGGGAGGAAAAAUCCAUCCGUGUAAGGUUAAUAAAUAUUUUCUAGAGAUACUGGAGUAUUAUCAUAUCUUGCUCUGUUGUAAUUCUGCUAUCGAGAACUAUUGCCAUCACUUUUAAGAAGUAAUUUGAAUAUGAAUAACUAUUGUCUACAUCUUCACACAAUGUAUUUAAAAAACACCGAGAAAUGAACAUCAGUAAAUGUCUAAUAAGGAAGUUGUAUAAUAUAUGAACAAACUUGUUCAUACAUUCCAGCAGUGACUAAUCAGUGAACAAUAUGAAUACUGUAUGUUUUGUAUCUCUUAUCACAUAUUUUUACACUGUUAUGCUCAAAACUAUAGCUUAAAUUUUCAUUUAUGGAUAAUUCUUUGUAUUGCAGCCUUCAGUAUACUUUGUGUUUUGAAUUAAUCUUUUUCAAAUCAAUAAGCUAUGCAAACCUUUAAAAUCAAAUACUGAGUAGGACUGAAAAAAAUGUGAUUUAUAUUUUAAAGGUGAUUUAAAUUAAAAUUUAUCCUGCUAUAAAUAGCUUUAAAUAAAUCCAUAAUGUUAUAUGAUCUAUCUCUAGAUGCUGGUUGAGAAAAAAAUAAAUAUUAAAUUGGGGGAAGAGAACCUUAGUUUCCUUAAUUGUAUUUUUCAGUGAAAAUACGAAUGUAAAUAAUAUGUAUGUUUUCAAAUGUGUUUUUCUUAAUAAAUGAAAUAGGGCUCCCAGAGAGGCAGAAACAAAAAUAUGUGGACACCAAGUGAAGAUUGAGACUUGAGAAUGACAUUGAAAAUGUCCAACAAACUUAUCUUUUCUGUAUAAAAAUAAUUUUAGAUACUUGUAGUACCGUUUAAGAUGCAAGUGAUUAUUUGAUGAUUUCUGUUGGGUUUUGCUCUAUCUGUUCAUAAAUUUAGAAUAAUGACGAGGUCUGAAAAUGUAAAUUUUUAAUAAAAUUUAAGUCAUUCACAUACUAAA